AACUUAGAAAAUCUAGAGAAAAUUUCCCAUAAAUUCUUCGGAAAUCCCAAAAAUCCCAUUUUUCUAGAAAUUUAGGAACCCCCAAAAAAUCUACAGAAAUCCCUAAAAUUCUUCUGAAGUCUCGAAACUCCACGGAGAAUCCCAGAAAGGGCCGAACCUCCAUAGAUUUCCCAAAAAUUGCCAAAAUCCCAAAACAUCCGCUAAAGUCCUAGAAAUCUGAUUCCUCAAUGAAAGCGAUACGGAGGCCAAGCCCUUACCCUUGAGUCGGGGAAUUCAUCGAAAGUUUUCAUCUACAGAGGGGCCUUCUCCUUUUCAGCUAUCAUCAGAGACCGAACAUAGAAAUACACAAGAAGAGCUCAUCGGUGGUCCUCGCGAUGUCUAGUGACAGAGCAAAAGAUUCAGCGGAAGGAUCAUCACGAUCUGUCGUUGAGCAUCAACAACAGCAACAACAUCAGCAGCAGCAGCAAUCACCGGUGGCUCCACUAAGUCGGUAUGAAUCACAAAAGCGUAGAGACUGGAACACCUUUGGUCAGUACUUGAAGAACCAGAGGCCACCGGUUUCACUAUCACAGUGCAACUGUAGCCAUGUACUGGACUUCCUUCGAUACCUUGAUCAGUUUGGGAAGACUAAGGUUCACUUACAAGGUUGCGUCUUUUUCGGGCAACCGGAGCCUCCUGCGCCUUGCACUUGCCCUCUCAGGCAAGCUUGGGGAAGCCUUGAUGCACUCAUUGGCCGCCUCCGGGCUGCUUACGAAGAAAACGGUGGCUCACCGGAGACAAACCCUUUUGGUAGCGGUGCUAUUCGUGUUUAUUUGCGUGAAGUAAGGGAGUGUCAAGCUAAGGCAAGGGGGAUUCCAUACAAGAAGAAGAAGAAGAAGAAGAAUCUAAUCAAACCCAACGAUGAUCCAAAGCCACCGGCGACGACGGCGAUGCAGUCCUCUUGAUGAUGAUGAUGAUGCUUCUUCUUCCUAUGGCUUUCUUCUCCUAACAGAGUUAAAGGUCAAAAAAAAUGAAUUACAACCUUUGGAGCUACUAACUUUUUUGUCUCUCCCUUUGAAUGGAUCGAAACUGCAGACUUCUCCAAGAGCUAAAAUGCCUUACAAACAUCAUAAGAAUUCAUAUAUUUUCUUCUGUUUAGUGUUCCCCUCAUAACCUCUAUCUGCUUCAUAUCUUUGGCUGCAGUUCAGUUCUCCUUUGAAUCAGGUUCUUUAAUUUUUAUAUUAUUUCUUAAUUUGAGCAAUUUCAAUGAGAUUCAAAUUAAUUUUUUUAAUUUUUCAUUGAUGUGAUAAUGAAUUGAGAUGAAAAUGGAAAUUAUGGUUUCUUUGUAGAAUAAAACCUUAUUCCAAAAUUCCAACUAAAUGGGGUUCGCUAAAAGUAUGGUUUCUUUUUCACCUACCUUAAUUGUAAUCAUUGCUAUGGAGUAUCAGCAACUAAACAGCUAUUUAGGUUAUUUUGAAUCAGGAAAUAGGAAUACUUAUUGGGGUUGGGGAUUCAGUUUUUUAGUAGGUUAAAGUUUUUUUUAGUGCAUUGUUAUGAAGUAACCAUUGAUACUGAAAUUUACUUGUUCAGUAAUGGCUACUGCAUCAGGACAAGGGUUAUAGAUUGAGGAAUGUGCAUGCAGGAAGGUGACAGUUUGAUUGAAAUAAGGAGUGACAAUCUAUCCCUAAUUUAUAGUAGGGCAGAAUUCUAUAUAGGCCAUUUCUUUUCAUUCUCUUUUGGUUAAUAUGCAAUGACUAGUUACAUUUGAAUACCAAUAAUGUUGGUUCUUAUUUGUAUGAUAUUGAACCAUAUUAGCGUGGACUCCAUCUUUCAAGUUUCCUUAUCGUAAGUCUCUUCCAUAAUGUAGAAGUGAUUUACUUAGGUUACCUUGUAUAAGCUAUACUCCUGUAUUCUUAUUCCUAGAUUGAGUAUGAUUCCACUUUCCUUCUAAGUUUAUAUUUUCUUGGCCAUCAAACUAUUGUAACUAUAUAUUCAGCCUCUCUUUUUUUUUUUUUUUCGUGGUAAGAUAUAUUCAGCCUCUACAAUUGUGGAGUUGAUCCAUAAUAAAGUGUUUCUUGAGUUAGGACUCCCAGCUGAUAGCAAUGCCGAAGGUGUAGCUGAUCCUAUCAUCUUUAGGACUGUUUUUCAGUGGAUUUGUCGCUUGUUCUUCAGUUGAAUUUUUAUUCUUUUGGAUUUUUUUUAUCAAUUGAUCCAUUUACCGGGGAAAAAAAAAAGUGUUUCUUGAGUUAGCAUAUGAUAUUUGGACAUAGUUGCAGCUUCUGAUGCUCCUAUCGGAUCUCAAACCACAACAACCGGUUAAAUGAAAAGGAAAAAAAAAACUUAAUUGAGUGUUACCAUUGAUUUAACUUCUUUUUUUUUUGCCAAAGGUAAGGAAAAUAAUAUAUUACAAAAUUAGUAUUUACAAGAUUAACCUCCGAACAUACCCAGAAGAAAAACAAGAAAGAAAAUAAAAACUUGAUACUCAACCUUCGGCAUUGCCAUCAGCAGAGCACAUGCAAAGUAACUAUUGUCCUGAGGAUCUACCUUCGGCAUUGUCAUUAACAAAAUCCUAAAACAACACAAAGCAUCAUAGAUCAUAACAUCAUGAAAGAAAGCAUUGUAGCACCCAAAACCUUGCCUUCUAAGAAGAAAACUGUUCUUCCAGUGCAAACCUUGAAACUUACGUUUGGGAGGGGGUUGUUGGAGGAGGGGGAAGGGUAAGGGUUUAAUGUGAAAUGAUUGAAAGAAAA